AGUGUGUAGGGAGGGCAGUCAUCACGCCAUCCUGAGCAGCAAGAGCUGACGUUGGACGAAGCUGCCAGGUAGCUGAAAAAAGGCACAGAAGGCAGCUGAUACUCACUUUUCAACGGUUUGUGGUUUUUUUUAGUCUGUAUCUGGACUUCAAGCAACACAGCGCCUGAGACAGCUCAUCUGAACCACACUGUAUUGCAAUACUCGCUCUUCUCAAAGAAAAAGACUCCACUGAGCAGCAGAAUGCUGCCAGUGUCGCAGCUAGGGCUACAAUACAGAGCCUUUUUGUAACACUGCAAAUUUCUCUCUGGUCAGAUAUUUGAAAUACAUACAUACACUUAUAUAUCAGUUCUUUGUUUUUGAGGACAACUUUGGCUUUUUUUUUUUUUUUUUUUCCCUGAUGUGACUUCUUCAUCUUGGAAUGAUGGGGAUCUUUCUAGCUUAUAUUGGAUUCAUUUUCUUUUCAGUUAUGUAUAUUCAACAAGGACUUUCUACCCAAGCAAAAUUCACAGAGUUUCCCCGAAAUGUCACGGCCACUGAAGGGCAGAACGUGGAGAUGUCUUGUGCUUUCCAAAGUGGCUCUACUUCGGUGUACCUUGAGAUCCAGUGGUGGUUUCUGCGGGCAGCUGAGGACCAAGAGGCUGGAGCUGAAGUGACAGGCACUCAGGUGGAGCUCCUGCCCGAGCGGGACCUGGACAGCGACGGCACGAAGAUCAGCACAGUGAAAGUACAAGGGAAUGACAUCUCCCACAAGCUGCAGAUUUCAAAAGUGAGGAAAAAGGAUGAAGGCUUGUAUGAGUGCAGGGUGACCGAUGCCAACUAUGGAGACCUUCAGGAAUACAAGGCCCAGGCAUUUCUCAAAGUCAAUGCUAACAGCCACUCUCGGCGAAUGCAAGCCUUUGAGGCGUCCCCAAUGUGGCUGCAAGACAUGAAACCUCGUAAAAACAUCUCAGCAGCAGCCCCAAGCAGCAUCCACCAUUCUGCCAAUCAGCGUGUACGUGCCACCUCCAGCCCCGAAGCAGCAGCCAAAAUCCCCAAACAAAGUCCACAAUCAGUGCAUGCCAAGACAUUCAUGGGCACCAGAGCCAACCUGGCGAGCUAAUUAAAUAAAUAAAUGUAUAUGUUUAAAACAGCCUUAUAAGGAGCAUUGGAAAUCUGCAAGAUGAGCGAAUAUCUUAUAACUUCUUCCGCAGGUGCGAGGAUAGCUACAAGCCAUGGACUUUCUGUCCUGCUUCUUGUUUGUGGCUUUGUGAAGGGUGCUUUGCUUUAAUCUAAAAGUGCUGACUUUUUCCAAUAUCACUUUCUCUUCUUAAAGCAAAGAGCAAAUCGCCUGUAAAAUCCACGGAGCGGACAGCAAAGUUGACCCUAACCUCCAACCACCACUCUGCACCCAAUGUACUCUAAAUCUCUACACAAGGAGCACCUUCUUCAGGAAGUACAAACAAAAUUACUAAAUAAAUAAAAUAAAAUAAAUAUAAAAAAAGAAGAGGAUCCCACAUGUUUUCUUGAUAUAUCUUAUUUUCUUUGGCGUAUCACUGAUAUUUCAUUUGAAGAGAACUGGUGUGAUGUAAUCAAACGUUUUGUAACAGCAAGACCUAGUUUCCUUUUCUUUUGGCAAGGAGAAGCCUCAUCCUUGACUUCUCAGGGGUUGGCCUGCAAGUCCUCAGUAUUACAGAAUUAACCAUGGAUGACAUUUGUUUUCCUACGCUGAAAGAACCGUUCCAGCCUGGGAGCAAAAAGAGGCCAAAUAAGGAAACAAACCAUAGGGAUUUAACAUAAAUAGAAUACACACAAAUUUUUAUCAAAAAGCCUUUUUUUUAUUUUCUUCUUUUCUUUUUCCUUUUUCUUUUUUUUUUUUUGUGUGUGUGUGUGAGGAAUAGGAAGGAGAAAAUAUAUUCUACAGAGGAGCUCAGCAGACAAGGGAAUGUUGUUUCUGAAAAACAUAUGAGGAUAUUUUUCUUUUGAAAUUUUUUUUCUUUCUGCUUUUCAAUACAUUAUUCUUCUUCCCCUUAGGGAUUUUUUCCCCUGUCAUUCUGUUUGUUUCUUGUUCAAUGGUGGCAAGUACAACUUAGGCCAACCCCUGAUGACUAUGUGGAGGUUUAUAUAUAUAUACAUCCUUUUUUUUUGUGUGUGUGCGUUCUAUAUUUCAGUGUGUUUUCUCUAAUUUUGCAACUCCUGUAUAUGCAAAACUAACUUAAAUUCUGUAAAUUGCUUACAGUCUGUGUGAUAUAACUUCAGAGUAGACAUACUUUGGUCCUCAUGCAAGUCAGUUUUUAAUAUUAUCUAUGUGUCGUGCCACCAAGAAACAUCUUAAUUUCCUUUUUUGAAAAAACAACACUUUUUAGUUUGUAAUUCAGUAAUGUGUGGAUUUUGUAAUGCAUAUCUUCACUUUGACUGGUUUGACCCCCUUCAGCCCUCUGUUUACUCUGUAAAUGCACAUUAAAAUUUGUUAUGGUCUCUAGACAAUGAAUUAUUUUAGUUUGUAUGUUGUGUUGGAGUUCAGAUGCUGAAAGCUCUUUGAACUUGUGAUGUUUAUAGAAGAUGAAGUGAUUCAAUCACUAGAGACUGUAAAAUGCAGGUUUGCAGUCAAAUACUGCACGUAAAAAAGGUUAGAAAACAGACAAAUAAACCAGAACAUAUCUUUAAGGAUGUUCUUUUGGUAAAGAGUUUUAGGGAAGUGAAUUUAUUACACUGAUAAAAUAUAUAUUUGCAUCACAGCUCCUUCUACAUGGCCAAAGAAGUGUCUUUCUUUGCUUUUUCUGAAAGUGGAUUGUCAUUAUUCAUUGAUAUUCUUGAUUAAAAUACUUUUUGUCUGUGAACUGAA